AGUGAACUCAACUGUGGAUUGAGAUGCAUGGGUGACCGUCUCCAUCCAUUGCUAGUGUGAUGAUCGCGUUGCCUUGCAUUGCAGCCCGUUAAUGCGGCGGUCAUCAUGAUGAUCGAUGGUGGCCGCCGCACUAGCUACCUAGUCAUCACACUAACUAUAUGCGUAUGAUAAAAGGCUUUCAAGCAAGAAAAGAAAAGGAAAGAAAGAAAGAAAGAAGCGGUUGGGUGGGUGGGUCAAAGGCUACUAUGUCUAUUCUAUGUAUAUGUAUAUGGUUGACGAAAAAGAGAUGGAUCGGAUCGGAUCUCCUUAUAGCUUGUGAUCGAUGCUACAUAUAUUCGAUACCAUAUGUAUGGCUAAGCGAUCGACUUGUAUUUAGUAUAUUUGUUCGUUUCAUUAUGAUGAAAUUUCUCAAUUGUAGUACUUACCAGCUGGAUGGUUGACUUUCCAUGCAUGGAUAGAUCGUGGCUGAAGCAAGAUCUGGGAUGGAUUCAGGUGUUCUCCAUCUCCAUCCAUGUGUGGUGUCCUUUCCUUUUGGAUGGAUGGAUGGAUGCGUCGACAAAGAAAGAAAGUUUACCACCACCCGGCCCACCAAGAUGCAGAUACCACCAGCUAACCUCACCUCACUAGAUUCUUUUUAAAAAAAAAAAACAUGUAUUAGAGAACCGUCUAGUGAUGCAAAUAAAUCCCUUUGGGGUAUAAUCUUAUGGAACAUAUAUAAAUCAUCUCUUAAUUUAAAUUGGCCAGGAUCGAGUUGGUUCCUCAUUAGCAACCAACGCUCGCUUUUAAGAAAAAAGAUUGCCCUUGUCUUGGUUGGUCCCAUUGCUCCACUCUCUCUAGCUACUCUACCACUCUUACAUGAUAUAGUUAUCCCGUAGCGGGCCAUAAAGAAAUAGUUAUUAAACUAAACAAAUGAAGUGAAAUCAAGUCCAGCGAUUAAACGCCUUCCAUUCUUCUUGUCUGUCUUGACGUACACCUCCUGCUGCCUCCUCAGUCAGACCACUUGUGUGUUGUGUACAGGCACUAUAAAAUCAUUGCAACCAGUUGCCCCUUGCUUUCUUCUUCUUCUUCUUCUUUCCGGCAGAGGCAGACUGCCAGUCGUCUUGCUACUGGCUGCUUCUUGCUUCCAUUGACAUCGAUCAUACUCGUAGCACCUACAGAGGCUGCUUAAUAAUUAGAAUAUAUUAUAUAGAGAUCCGGCCGGUCGACAUGCCCAUGGCUCUCGAGUCAUGGCUCACCAAGGUCCGCUCGGCCAUGUCCUCCGCCAAGUCUUCAGGGGCGCCUCCGGGCCCUGGCCCCAGGAACAAGAGCACCGUCGGCAUCCUCGCCUUCGAGGUCGCCAGCCUCAUGUCCAGGCUCCUCCACAUCUGGCGCGCCGUCGGUGACGCCGCCGUCGCGCGCCUCCGCCACGAGAUCAUCAACCUCGACGGCGUCCGCAAGCUCGUCUCCGACGACGACGACUACCUCCUCGGCCUCGCCUGCGCCGAGCUCGUCGACGCGCUCAGGGCCGCUUCCGACUCCGUCGCCGCGCUCGCCGCCCGCUGCGCGGACCCCGCCCUCCGUGACUUCAGGGACGCCUUCCUGGAGUUGGCCGACACCGGCCGCGACCGGCACCGGUGGGCGGCGCCCACCUGGAAGGAGAUGGAGGCGAGGGCGCACAAGAUGGACAAGCAGGUGGCCAGCACCACCGCGCUCCGCCGGGCCAUGGAGGAGCUAGCAGAGGCCGAGCACGGCCUCCGGAAGCUCCUCCAGCUCCAGUGCGGCGGUGGCGGCAACGGAAAAGGUCUGUCGGCGAGCAAGAUCUCGGUGGCGGCGGAGCAGCAGCAGCUGGUGUUCUCCAAGAAGCAGGAGGUGAAGCACCUGAAGCAGACGUCGCUCUGGGGCUGCACCUUCGACACCGUCGUGGCGUCGCUGGCGAGGGCGGCGUUCAGCACCCUCGCGCGCAUCAAGCUCGUCUUCGGCGCCGCCGGGCAGCAAGAGCGCCAUCCGCCGCUGUACCGCAGCCUGACGCUCUCCUCGGCGGUCCACCCGUCCGUCGACGCGCCGCCGCCGCUGUCGCGCAAGUCCAUGUCAAUGGAGGAAAUGCUGUUCGUCGACCUGGAGGCGCCGAAACGGGGCGGUGGAUUCUUGGAGGACAGCUCGGCGGCGCUGACGCCGCCGCCGGGGACGCUGGGCGCUGCCGCGCUGGCGCCGCGUUACGCUGGGCUGGUGAUCUCGAUCGAGCGGAUGGUGAGGUCGCCGCGGCUGGUUGGCCCCGAGGAGCGGGACGAGCUGUACGGCAUGCUGACGGCGAGCGUGCGCGCGCAGCUCCGGGCGCGGCUGCGCGGCGCGGUUGCGGCGGCGGACCCGGGGCUGGCCGUGCAGUGGCGUGCGGCGCUGGUGGGGAUCCUGGCGUGGCUGUCGCCGAUGGCGCACGCGACGAUGCGGUGGCAGGCGGAGCGGAGCUUCGAGCGGCGGAACGCGGCGGCGACGGCGGACGUGCUGGUGGUGCAGACGCUGCAGAUGGCGGAGCGCGACAAGGUGGACGCGGCGGUGGUGGAGCUGCUGGUGGGGCUCAACUACGUCUGGCGGUUCGACAAGGAGAUGAGCUUCUUCGCGGUGCACCGGCAGCAGCUCACGCCGGCGGCGGAAAUGGCAAUGCAACAGUAAGACACGACGAUCGUGUUUGCUGUUUGGAUUUUCUUUCUUUCUUGGUUUCGUUCUUUCUUUUUGGCUACUAAUUAAACUCUCUCAGGUUUGCUGUACAAAUUAUUAUUAAAUUAAAGAAAGAAAGAAAGAAAGAUUAUGGGUGGAUGAUGAA